GUUUUGCCCUCAAUAAAGAUGGCGACAACACUUCCUGUUGAGGGCUUUCGCCUUCAACAAAGAUGGUGGUUAUGGUACAGGUUCCCUAACAGUCUGGAUUCCGGUUGCGGUUUCUUUCUUUCUUUCUUCUUUUUUUUUUUUUAAAUAUACGUGUUUGCAGACGGAGAAAUGGAGGCUAGAGACAAGCAGGUGCUUCGCUCCCUUCGGCUGGAGCUGGGCGCCGAGGUCCUGGUGGAGGGACUGGUUCUUCAGUAUCUUUACCAGGAAGGGGUCUUGACAGAAAACCACGUUCAAGAAAUCAAAGCUCAAGCCACAGGCCUCCGGAAAACAAUGCUGCUGCUGGAUAUCCUCCCUUCCAGAGGUCCUAAAGCAUUUGAUGCGUUCCUAGAUUCCCUACAGGAAUUUCCCUGGGUUAGGGAGAAGCUGGAGAAGGCCAGGGAAGAAGCUGUAACUGAGCUGCCUGCAGAUGACCGGAUGACUGGCAUCCCUCCACACAUCCUCAACAGCUCCCCGUCAGACCGGCAGAUCAACCAGCUGGCCCAGAGGCUGGGCCCUGAGUGGGAGCCUGUGGUGCUGUCUCUGGGUCUGUCCCAGUCGGAUAUCUACCGCUGUAAGGCCAACCACCCCCACAACGUGCAGUCACAGAUGGUGGAGGCCUUCAUUCGCUGGCGCCAGCGCAAUGGGAAGCAGGCCACCUUCCGGAGCCUGCACAGAGGCCUCCAGGCCGUGGAGGUGGACCCCUCAGUGCUCCAGCACAUGUUGGAAUGAUGGGGUCUCCCGACACCAUCCCAUGGGAGAGUGUGUCCCCAAGUUGCAUGGGCGGAAUCCUGACUUUCUCCCAGGGCAAGUAGUUUCUGGGCUUUCCGGGGGUGGGGGUAGGAGUGGGGUUGGGGGGGAGUGGUGUCUUUUCUUUUUAAUGAUCUGUAAAUGAAAGGAGAAAAUGAGAUUUCCAGGUGGCCUUACUUAAAAGGCCAAAUUACUCAGUAGCUCUACCACAUCAUCGACUUGACAAUUCAUUGCUCUUAAUGUCUUGAAGAUUGCGUUGUUUUAAUUGUGUGAGCGCCUUUUAAUAAACUGGUAAAUCAUAAUGGCUCAAAAAAAAUUACUGUCUUAUCAUAUUACAUACAGAUGUCCUAUAGAUAGAUAGAUAGAGAUAUCUGUCUAUAUCUAUCUAUAACAUCUACUUUGAUACUGCCUGGGAACUGAACUGUGGACUUUGCUAUUAUCGAUGAUAAUAAAAAGUGAAUUACUGUACAGAA